AACAGAAUCGCUUGUUUACCCCGCACCGGGCACCGAGGAGCACCGCGGCGCAGUCUUUUACGCACGACCUAUAGAGCCGCCUUGGGGGGGAGAGAGGGGGAGGACUCGUCUGUCUGUCUGUCGCCACCAUGUCAGGGGCAACAGCUUCCAUAGCAGAUGUGUCCAGGACCGUUUUUACAAACAAAGAUGACAGCCGCGCCCGGAGCAAGUCAGGCCAGACCCAGGCUCAGUGCACCCCCGUGCCCUUGCCGGCCCUGGGCACCCAGAGGAUCAUCCAGGGCAACGGCACCACGGUGGGCACGGUCAUCUCCCUGCAGUGCCCGGCCAAACACACGCUGGUGGGGAGGCAGCUGAUGUGUGUCAUGGACACCAACAGCACCCACUGGGUGGGGGGCACCUACUGUAAACCGCCGUCUCCCUUUGAGGACUACGGUUUCCGCGUGGCCGUGCUGGCGUCCAUCGUGAGCUUGGCCGUCAUCUUCUUCAUGUCCGUGGCCUUCAUCACCUGCUGUUUGCUCGACUGCAUCAGAGAGGACAAGAGGAAAAACCACGAGAGGGAGUCCGAAAUGUGGCAGUGGGAGGAGCAGGCCCAACAUCAGGGGGACGACAGGUCUCGCUACGGCCAUAAAGGCAGGAACAACAACAACAACAACAACAACCCCCAGGACAAAGCGCAGUCCCUGCGGGACGCCGGGACCCCGGCCGUGUGCGACAACACGCGAUCCUGCAGAUGUCAUCAGCUCGGCCCCGCCGCCCCGCGUCAGACGCCCGGCUCGACUACAACCGGCCUCUCUUACCCAGAAGCCGGGGUCGCGGAGGCCUCCUCGGGUCCGCCCGAAUACAACGGACCUCCUCGGUCCCGUCAGACUACGAACCCGGGCCUGCCCCGGUCUCGGGGCGGGGAGGCGCGGAGGGCGGCACGGCGGCUUGCCGGGAGUGAAGCCGCCCACCGCGGAUGA